AUGACGCAGGACUUAGUGAAAGAUGGUGGGAGUCAGUCCGCUGAGCAGGGGUUAGAGCCUGAUGGGGAAGGUGAACUGGGGGACAACUUGCCUGCUCGUCCAUCGGCCUCACUCCAGACCCUUUCUUUCGAACAGUAUCGAAAUGAAUAUGUCUACGGAUUCGACGAGACGGAGACAACAGAGACAACAGAGACAACACCAGGCCCGCCCUCGAAACGUCGCCCCCAAUAUGACGGAGACGAAGGUCGUAACAAAAGAUUCAAAGAGACCGACGCGAGCGGCGUCCCGCCAUCGUAUCUAAAAGUAUUGCGCCCACUCGCCCCUGCGCCUCCUAAAGGCGAGUCCUCGACUGUCGCCACCCCUUCACUUCCGACAGAGCCUGCUAAGCUGACCGAGAACACAUCUCCUGCUCGCUUGGGUGCUGCCCCUUCAAUUCCGGCAGGGCCUGCUGUGUUGCGCGAUCAGGCAUUUCCAGCUGGCUUGGGUAGCUCUCUGGCCGCCUUCGACGCUGAAAAUACUCCUGGGAUAGCCUUGGAAUAUUGGCCGUUUAAGCCGUUGAGAUAUGUUUCGCACCGGCCUAUAUCACUGCCCAUUGGGCUGGGAUUGAACAGCUCUUCUCAACGCUCAGCCUUGCUUAACCUUCCAGAGAAGUUACAGCUCUUAAUACUCGGGAUGCUCAACUCUGUGGACCGGGUCGUUUUGAUGCUCACCUGCAAAGGCCUCGCUGGGCUAGCAGCGAGAAUUCAUAUAGGCCCCCUCCCCGUCGGGCUACUUCAGAUUUGGCUGUACGGAAUACCGCUCUCACACGUUUUUAAAAUGCCGGGUGCUGCGAUUGGAUUUGCCCGAGGUCAAUAUGGCUUCAAACCCUGUGAUACCUGCGUGCAGCUGCAGCCUUGCCAUCCGGAUGCGUACAGAACGACGUGUCCUGGGGGAGUACUUCCAAAUAGCUGGAUUUCGGCAGUUUCUCGUUUUUGCCUAUCGAACCAGAAGAAAUGCCCAACUUGUCAAGUCCUUGAUGUGCAAGCACGAAUGGCAGAACAUGGCCAUGGAGUCAAUACGACGCCCAUUUAUCUCACCGAGGCUUGGGUGAGUUUGCCGCUGUUUUACAACGCCGUCGAAGGGUUGUGGCUAUGGCCUGAUGAUGAGAGGGUGACGGGGUCGGAUUAUCCGCACAACGACACUCCCUUCUCAGCGCACGGUUUUCGUGCACCACCUGGACUUGGAUUCGCCAGCGAGUUUCUCCGAACGGCGCGGCGACUUGGGUCGAGGGUUGACAUAUUCCCUGACGAGGACUCAGACAGCGAAGAGGGUUCUCACCGUGAGAGGGAUUCAGAGGACGAGAACUCCAACGACCAAGAGGGAUCAGAUAACUCGGGGCCCUCCUACGAGAGAGAGCACUCAAACAACGAAGAGGACGAACACCCCGACGACGAAGAGUACGUAGUCUACGAAGACUACGGGUGGUACGACGAGGAAGGAGAGUACGACGUGGACGAAGAGCACCAAGACACCCGAGAGAGUAGAGAGUCCACAGAGGUCCCAAGAGGAACCGAGAUAAACAUGAGCGCGAUGGAGAGGGCGGCUGGCGGUGAUUUCGAUGCUUCAAUUGCAGAGUACGAGGCCCAGGAGCGUCGCUUUGCUGGCGAACGUGCCCAAUGGGCUGAUCAGCGUCGUCUGGCUGAACGGCAUACCCAUCGCUAUGGCCGUGGUGCUGUGAAUGACGCUGAUUUUGUCUUUGACGCUGACGCCGAUGUUGAUGAGAUUAUUCGCCAGGCCGGUGGUGGUCAGGAUGGUGGGCAUCAGCAGCCAACAGCCGGGAAUGCAAGAUCCAACCGGGCAAGAAGUAUCCCAGACUCUGCAAGUGGAGUCUAUGACCCUAUCCAACCGUUCGACGUGGGCGGUGUUCCGUUUCAGUGGGACUUCAGCUGCAUCCAUCGUACUACAGUGUCUGACCCGAAUCCGACAGUUGAUACUCUCUGUCGGAAUACCGCUGGACCCUUCAAUCCACGACACUAUCCUUCUUUCCCUGAUGUUGAAUCGGACAAUAGGAACAUUAGCUCUUCAGCACCCGCUCGAAUGGACCAUAGACCUGCGCGACCAAGACAUGACCACCCAGGCGCCUUUUCAUCAGCACCUAGCAGUCGAGGCGUCCCUGCAGCAGCCAAUCGAUUUCCUAGCAGUGGCGGGAACAACCAAGGCGGUCCUUCCUUACUACAUCAGGACAGCGCCUUUGACGACCUGGAUUUUCUCUUUGCUGGCGAGGGACCGUUCAAUUCAGGGCCUUCUUCUCAAGCGUCUGCCAGUCGUAACCUCGCACUAACAGAGAAUCAAUUGAACGAUCCAAACACCGCAUCCCUAGUACCUGCCCCGCUACAGGUGAUUCCUCGCAAGAGGCGAUUGACUGCAGAGGAAACGGAAAGACGGGUGAGGCUAAGCAAGAAAUGA